UGCUGGAGGUUUCCCUCCUUUAAAGCUGGCUGGUGCUCAGGCAACACUCUCUUGGAAAACUGCAGAGAUGGCAGCUGUUUGGAUGCUCCUCUGUGUGCUGACUGUUUGCCUGGCCAGAGAUCUGUCUCCCAAUGAGAUCUCCUUAAAGAAAGCCUUUGCACUUUUCCAGUCGAUGGAGUCCCUGUUAGACCAAGAUGCUAGAGAAGUACAACUGGAAACCAAUGACGUGGAAGCUGAGGCGUCUGGUCACCAGAAUCCUGAACAAAAGCCCCAGAGCGUCAACGAGACAACAAAUGUCCAGAACCAGGUCGUAACGAGGGACAACAGCACGGCGGGGGGCGUCCAGAACCGGGUCGUCAUUAGGGGAAAUUCCACUGCGGGGCGUGACCUAAAAUGGGUCAUCAUAGGAGGCGACUCCACAACUGAGGACGUCCAGAACCGGGUCGUCAUUAGGGGAAACGCCACGGCGGGGGGUGUCCAGAACUUGGUCAUCAUUAAGGACAAAGCCAAGACGGGGGGCGUCCAGAACCUGAUCGUCAUUAGCGAAACAGCCACAGCAGAGGCUGUCCAGAACCGGGUCGUCAUUAGGGGAGUGGCCAAGGAGGGGGGCGUCCCAAAAUGGGUCAUCAUUGGGGUAGACUCUACGACUGGGGACGUCCAGAACCGGUUUGUCAUUUGGGGCGAAGCAACGACGGGGGGUGUCCAGCAGAACCUGGUCCCCAUGGACAACGGCACGACGGGGGGCGUCAAGCAGAACAACGGCACGACGGGGGGUGUCCAGCAUGAGCACAAAGUACUCCUGGAUACCCAUGAAGUAGACGAGCAGUUAUUGAACGGGACGAUGAGCGAUGAGGAAAAGUUCAACGGGACGAUGAGCGACGAGCAGUUGUUGAACGGGGCGACGAGGAAACGUUCAACUGGACGAUGAGCGAGGAGGCAAAGUUAAACAGGACGAUGAGCGAGGAGAUAUUCAAUACUGCAUAGAUUCAUCUCGUCUAUUUUGAGUGCCUUGGAGACCUUGAUAUCUGAGAUGUUAUCUUGGCAGCAAUAUAAUAAAACGUGUAUACAUUUCUUGAAUAA